GCUGUUUUCACUCUAUUUUUCCUGUUCUUUUCUUAUUUGUCUUACCCUCGAUCUGAUACUCUAGACGAACUGUCUCGCAUCCUCCCACUUCCCUUCGGGGCUAUAUUGUACUAUUUUGCCUGCCGCACCACUCUCUCUCUCGCCUCUUGGGGGUUUCUAGCUUUCUCCUUCUUUCCUUCUUAUUGUAUGGUAACUUUUAUUUUAUUUUCAAUAUUCCCGGGGAGGUCAAUCUUCCGUCUGCUGCUUGUAUUUCCAAUUCUAUCAACCCUAACUUGUAAUAACAACCCUAGAACUAUGCAGCACCUCGCAAUGAUCCUCGCUCUGGGCUGUGCCCAAAUCUUUCUUCGCUGGGACAGGCUCCUAUUCGAUAUCCUUAUACUCACCUCUCUCCUCGCACUCAUUCUCCCUUUGUGGCUGACAGUUAUCUGUUACUCUUCUCGCUCACUACAGCGUGACCAGCAGACUCCGAAAGUCUUCUUGGGAGAACCCCGUCUGCUGGCAACUCAGGUCUCUCAUACGCGCUUGGGGACUGGCCACUACAACUACAGUGUUCCUCACUUCCUAGUUGGAACGCCGGUUGGGCUCCAGGGCCGCAUUGGCAGCGUGCUAUCGCUGGAUGAGGGAGAUAUACCGACGCAGACGCAGACUGAUAGGCUCUCCUUGUCCUCGCGCCUCGGGCAGUAUUUCAGUUCCAAGACAUGGUUUACCAUCCAUGCGCACCAUCAUCUCGCCAAGGGCAACGAUUCACUCGGGCUGGAGGGGAAGUUGCGCAAUUUCCUUCUGUCCAAGGGCGAGGACCCGGACGAAUGGCCUUAUGCCUACCUCGUUAGCAUGCCCCAGUUCCUUGGGUACCAAAGAAACCUUGUCUGUUUCUGGUAUCUAUACUCAUCCUCCCGGGAAUUGACGGCCAUGGUCAUGGAAGUCAACAACUACUGGGGCCAAAGGAAGAUUGCCUUUAGCCGUCUGGUUGGCGAAUCUCCUCUACCAACCUCAUCUUCUUCUUCUUCUUCUUCUUCUUCUCCAGAAGUAACUCACCGAUCUGUGUCAGGUCCCACAGCCAGCUCUCACCACUCCCACCCUCGUCACCAGUCCUACAGAGGCCACUGGGACAAGGACAUGUUUAUCUCCCCGUUCGAGAAAGUCGAAGGGUCGAUUGCUUUGAGAUUCUCUGACCCACUUGCACCGAACGCACGUCUCCAUAUUACAAUCGCGUUGUUAUCCGUAACAGGCAAGCCCCGCCUCAUUGGCCGUGUCUUUUGUCCGGAAGAUCACGAUAGCUUAGCUCCUCGGACGGCCUCAUCCUGGCAACUGCUCCGUUUCCUCCCAUACUGGACCGGCGUCUUGGUGGUUACCGAGCUACUCAUCAUUGCUGCGGCGCUACGCAUCCGCGCCAAAGGCGCCAUGCAAUUCUUCGCUAUGCCCGAGGUCCGGCCAAACAACCUCCCCCGAGAUGAAACCAACACCGAAAGGAAACUGGAAACUCCAUUCCGCCGAUACCUCCAGCAUCUAGUCGAUCAUUGCUCUUCUCCCCUUCGCCUCGAAUACAUCCCGGUUAAAUCCCACCACCUCAAACCCGUCGUCACCUUCACCUCCCCGACUGCCACAUCCGCCUCGCCAACCCUCACCAUCCAAGUCCUCGCUCCUCAAUUCUACACCUCCAUCCUCACCUACCAAGACCCCAUCCUCGCCUUCACAGAGGAAUCCCGUCCCUCCCCUCUCCCUUCUGAUCCGUCUUCCCGUCGCCUUCGAAUUUCCGACCUCUCCCUCCUGUUGACGACCCUGGCAACUUCCUCACCAACCGGGGCCCCCCCCCCACCACCCCGCCCCCGGAAGUUCAACCUAUCAGCCUCCCUCAUCACCUACCUCCGAACAAGAACCCCAGACCAACCCCCCUUCAUGGACCGAUUUGUCGCGAGCGCGCUCCCCGCCCCAGCCCAGAAUGAAUACCGCUCUGCUCUUCUCACGCACCUCCUUGCGCGCAGGUUCGCCCUGGGCCUGCACGCGUUGAUCGGCGUGUAUGCGACCCUGGCUUAUCUCGGCAUACAGGCUGGGCUCUCGCUCCUGCUGUUCCGUGUUUGCUCGGGGGUGUCGGGGCUGGGCAAUGGCGUAAAUGCGAUUGCCGCGAUGCUUUGUCACUGGGUUGUUUUGAGGGGCGGGAGUAUUCUUGUGAAAUGAAUUUUUUUUUUUUUUUUUUU